AGCUGCUGGAGGCGUUCACCGGCUUUGAGACGGCCAACAAGUACGUGAUCAAGACGUCCACCGGCCAGGCGGUGUACUACGCGGCCGAACAGAGCGGCUGCUGCACGCGCUGCUGCUGCGGCCGCGGCCGACCGUUCCGCAUGAGCGUCGUGGACGCCGCGCAGGUGGAGGUGCUCUCCAUGGACCGGCCGCUCAAGUGCCAGUGCUGCUGCUGCUUCUGCUGUCUGCAGGAGCUGGAGGUGAGCGCCGGCGGCAUGCCGAUGGGCACCGUCACGCAGGAGUGGUCGGUGAUGAAGCCGAGCUUCAGCGUGCGCGGUCCCGACGGCCAGGUGCGCCUGCAGAUCCACGGCCCCUGCUGUGUCUGCAAGUGUUGCGCCGACGUCGACUUCCCCGUGAUGUCGGCCGACGGCAGCCGCCAGGUGGGCACCAUCACCAAGCAGUGGGGCGGCAUGACCAAGGAGGUGUUCACCGACGCCUCCACGUUCGGCGUCACCUUCCCGCACGGCCUCGACCCGGCCACCAAGGCGACGCUCUUCGGCGCCACCUUCCUCAUCGGCUACAUGUUCUUCGAGCGCGACAGCAACUAGCGCCGAGUGGCGGCGGCGGCGCCGCCCGGCACCGCUGACGGCCGGCCGUCCAAGCGCGGCGGCCGACACCAGCCGUCCACACCCUGUGCCUUGAUCCGGCAGCGGCCGCUGCCGCGCGCCGGCGCCUUCCGAUCUGACCCCGAUGGGCUCUCGAGUCGGCACGGUUUCAUUGUUUUCAGGGCCGGAGUGGUCUCCGCGGCGCACGGAAACAACGCCGUGUAAAACAUAUACCUCGCCGUUCUGUUGCGUAUGUGGAUGUGAUAGUCCAAGCACCGUAUUUUAUGACACCUGUCAUGGA